AUGUAUACGGCCGCACAAAACACUCCUACCAGCAGCGAUACUGUUGUCCAAUAUCUCCGGGAAUUUCUACUCAAUUAUCGUCGAAUUAACCACUGGCAGAAACACAAAGAAUCAUCUUGGCAGCAACUCAGUACGCUUGCUUAUGAGUGUCGACGUUUUCUUCUACACAAUAAAAGGUUGAUUGAGAAAGCUCCCCUGCAGACUUGCGUUUCUGCUCUCUUAUUUAGUCCAGGCGAGAGCACAUGCAAUCAAGAGCCGAGACUACAUAGGAAUCAAACCCAGAGUUUGGAAAAAUGGAGCCGAUCUCUUCAGAUUUUAGAGGGCCACGGAAAUGCGGUUCUCGUUACUGCGUUCUCCCCCGAUUCAAGACUUCGGGCUUCUGGAUCUGAAGAUUCCACAGUUCGGAUUUGGGACCCAGAGACAGGCGCAGAACCACACACACUGACUGGUCACAAGAGCCUGAUUCGCUUUAUCGCCUUCUUGUACGAUAAUGCAAAUCUACUGGCCUCUGGGUCUAAUGAUGGCACGGUCUGGCUUUGGGUUCUGGAGACAGGCAUAGAGUUGAAGAAGCUGAAAUACCAUGAGCGCUGGCUUAGCUCUAUUCUUCCAAGUCUCCUAGAGUCUAGGGGGCAUGGUGAGAUCGUCCGGCUUUGGGACGUGGAGACAGGAUCAGAGAUACUGAGGUUAGAGGGCCAUGAAGACCAGAUAUUCUUGGUCAGCUUCUCAAAUUGUGAUAUGGGUUUUUUAUCUUCCGGAUCUAUUGGCUGUUCAAUAAAGUUAUCUACGCUACACGUGUUGAAGGGCCACAGGGAUUUGUACAGAUCUGUCGCCUUCUCCAAAAUGUUGGCUUUUGCAUCUCACGAUGGUACGAUCCGGCUCUGGGAUUCAGAAACAAGAUUGCAACUGAAGACGCUAGAGGGCCACAGCAGUGACGUUUACACGAUUGCCAUCUCAGAUAAUUCACAUGUUUUAGCUUCUGGGUCGGGUGAUCUCACGGUCCGCCUCUGGGACACCGAGACAAGAUUAGAGCUACAGAAGCUAGAAGGCCAUGAGAAGUAUAUCAAAUCUGUUGCAUUCUGUAAGAACUCGAAAGCGUUGGCUUCUGCGUGUUUUGAUUCUACGAUUCGACUAUGGGAUCUAGAGUCAGCCUCAGAACCAGAGAAGUCAACGAGGUACCAGUGGCAGGUAUCACCUGUUGCAUUGUCACAUGAUGCUAAGAUUUUAGCUUGGGGGAUUUCUGAUGGCACAGUCCGUCUUUGGGAUUCAAACACAGGAUCAGAGCUUUGCGUAUUAUCUGGCCACGAGGACUUGAUUACAUCUGUUAUCUUCUCAUGCGAUUCGAAAAUGCUCGCCUCUGCAUCUAACUAUUGGAGAAUUAGGAUUUGGGACCCAAAGAUAGGGGAGGAACUGCGUAGAUUCGAUGACUGUGGUGGGCCAGUUGCGUUCUCAUAUAUUUUAAAACUACUUGUCUCUGUGUCCGCAGAUGGAACAAUCCCGAUCUGGGACCUAUAG